AUGGAUCAGGGCAAUUACAAGAAUACAGCAGGUGACGGACUGGGCCAGAGCCUGCUGCUGCAGCAGCAACGGCGGCAGAUCAGCUCAACAAGCUUAUUCAAGGCGCCGGCGGAGAGGCCCUAUCGGAGGAGGAUCAAGCCGCCGGCGGCCAAGGUGCACCACGUCCACCCGGCUCGCUUCCGCCGCUUCGUUCAGAGGCGCACCUGCUGCUCGCUGCCACAACAACCCAACGACGACGCCACUGCCUCGACCAUCUCCAUCUCGGCAACGACACAGCAAGAGCUGCAACGACCGUCACCAGAUGCUGCUAUUGGUAGCAGUUAUGCUGCUGCUACUACUACUGCAACUGGGGCAGGACGCCUCGACGCCGCCACGUGGAAAACAAUGCAGGACGCUUACAUGGCGUGGUGCUCCUCCAACGACAUCCCGCUCAGCCCCGGAACCAUGGCGGAACUAUCAUUCACAGUGCAUCCCUUCAACGACAAAGGUUAUAGCUGCCAGUAA